AUGUCCAUUGAAAAUAAAUGUUUCAAAUGCAAUGAAAUUAUUACAAAUCGUGUUAUAAGUGCAUUGGGAAAAUCAUGGCAUCCAGAACAUUUUACAUGUAAAGAAUGUAAGGAACCAAUAUCAGAUUUAACAUUUUAUGAAAAAUUUGAUGAACCAGUUUGUUCCAAAUGUUUUCUAAAUAAUUAUUCAGAUAUUUGCCAUGGCUGUAAUCAACCAAUUAAAGAUAGAAUUAUAAAAGCCUUGGGACAUACUUGGCAUGAAAAUCAUUUUAUUUGUAAUGGAAAUUGUGAAAAAUCAUUAUCAAGCUCUACAUUUUAUGAACGUGAUGGCAAAGCAUAUUGUAAAGAAGAUUUUGAACAAAUGUUUGCUGAGAAAUGUUAUGGCUGUACUAAACCUAUAACUGAUAAAGCUUUAAUUGCUUUAAAUUCUAGAUGGCAUAAAGAUUGUUUUAAAUGUAAAAGAUGUGAUAAAACUAUAACAACAAAUACUUUUGCAAUCGAAGAUAACAAUCCAAUUUGUACUUUUUGUGCUGCUUGA